GAACCUGGCCUCGUUCCUCUACCACCACCGCGAGUUCUCUCGCGCUGAGCGCCCAGCCCUAGCUGAGCCGAGGUUCUAUGAUGCGCUGAACAAGGUUGCUGAUGUGCUUCAGAGCAGCUGGAAGGCCCGCGCCGAAGAGGUGAACAGGACAGUGGCUGGGCGGUCCGGGGGCAUCGACCGCGCUGCGAAGGCCCCUGAGGCUGAGGUGCCUGCACGGAGGGCCAUGCUCCACCGUUGCCACCAAAACGGCUUGAUUUCGAUCAGCUUCCCAGUGGUCCCCACCCUGGAGACCGUCGUCAGCGCCUCGUGCCUCAUCGGCUCUCGCAGGGCGUUGCACUUGCACUUGACCCAACGCGUCACGGACAUCCCGGCUGGCACCGGAGCGGCAGUCUUGAGGAUCUCCCAUGCGAUGCUGACAGCGGCGCCCCAGAGCUGGCAGAAGCUCUUGACAGCUGGCGAGGCCGGAGCGCUUGCUGAGGCUUCGCUGGCUGUGAACACGUCUGGCUUGGGGCUUGGCGAGGCAGGAGCUUUCUUCGUGCGCCGCGAAGAUCGCACUCGAGCUCUGGCACUGAGAGACAGGCUCCUCAACUCCUCAGACCUGAUCAUGGCCCUGCGCAAGCUCUAUGAUCUCUUCUCGGCCUUUGUGCCCAGCGCCAGCAUCAGGGGAUCGCA